AGUUCGGCUGUUCUGUUGCUUAUUUGUCAGUUUGCUUUUUAAUGAGCUCUAAUAGCUACACUAAACGUUGUUAUUGUAAGCAAGUCUUUUCAGCAGUCGUAUGCGAAUGUCAGGAGUUAAUACGCUACGAUUCGUUUGCCUAAAAAGCGAGCUGGUCUAUUGUUUAGGAAAACGCUGUUGCAAAGCAUUAUGGGGAGUGUAGUGAUUGAAGGCCGUCAUGCUGCGAAGGUGCUUCUUGACAAAACUACAACACCCAUGCAGUAGUUCACCUGAAAAGACGCUCUUAACGGUUUGGUUAAAGCUCCGCUGGUAAUGUUUACUUCUUUGCUCAGACGGCGUGUGAGAGUGUGCUUUAUGUGCUGGCUGGACAGAUGCGCUAUGUAACGCCGUUUGAUUUGUGUUUUUCUUGGUUUAAAUCACACGGAAGUGGUGUUCCGGUCGACAGCGCACUGGUGAUACACACAGCAAAGGAAGCAGAAAAAGAAGAAGCUCAUUUUGAAGAAGCAGCUGAGAGGAGGCAUCCAGUGUUCAUGAUGGCGAUGUUCCGCAGUUUUGUUUCGGCUGCUCAGCUCAGACAGUCUCAUCCCCAGCCCCAGCUGCAGCAUGGAGAGAGUCUGGAGAGCCAGUUCUCCUGCCCCAUCUGCCUGGAGGUUUAUCACAAACCCGUCAGCAUCGCCAGCUGCGCUCAUACGUUCUGUGGUGAUUGCCUUCAGCCGUGUCUCCAGGUGACGUCUCCUCUCUGUCCACUGUGUCGCAUGCCUUUCGACCCCAAGAAAGUGGACAAAUCUUCCAGUGUGGAGAAGCAGCUUUCCUCUUAUAAAGCACCAUGCCGAGGGUGCAGCAAAAAAAUCACGCUGGUCAAAAUGAGGUCACACAUCUCAUCUUGCACAAAGGUGCAGGAACAGAUGGCCAACUGCCCAAAGUUCAUGCCUGUGGUUCCCACAUCACAGCCGAUUCCCAGUCCCACCAGUGUUGUUAAACAUCACAGCCGAGUGAAGAGCAGUGCCAGCGUCAGCAAUAUUCCAAACCGAUCGACAUUUGUGUGCCCGUAUUGUGGGGCGCGAAACCUCGACCAACAAGAGCUGGUGAAACACUGUAUGGAAAACCACCGCAACGACCCCAACAAAGUGGUGUGUCCCGUGUGUUCAGCCAUGCCCUGGGGUGACCCCAGCUACAAGAGCUCCAACUUCCUGCAGCACCUCCUGCACCGGCACAAGUUUUCCUACGACACAUUUGUGGACUACAGCAUUGACGAGGAGGCUGCACUGCAGGCAGCACUGGCCCUCUCUCUGUCCGAGAACUGAGAGUCUUGUCCCAGUAGCCUCCACCAAUCACCACCUCCUAUCCAAUCACCAUCACUUACCCCAACCUCGUUAACCAAUCAGUUAUCUUUCUGCCUCCUUCAUGCUGCAGACAUGAACAUAAAGGAGCAUCAUUUUCAUUCUCUGUUCUGUACCUGGUGUUAGUCACAUGAUGCUGAUCACAUGAUCUCCACAAUUUUCUGCCCAGAAUUCUUCUCUUACUUCGCUGAUGGAGGCGGAGCAUGCAGUCAUUCAUAACUGCUGCAGUCAAUAACAACAGCAUUACAUUGUGUAUCUCGCAUCUUUUGGCAAAGAAUACAGCAAGCUUCAGUUGAUGUUUGAGGGGGAAAAAACAAAACUACAUUUCACCAUCAAACAUUUUUCCUUCAAUUCUGUUUUUCUCUCUCUUUCUGGGUUGCUCAAACAUGGACAGAUGGCAGUGUAAGUAAGAAAAGGCAUCACAUAUCCCAGACUGGAUGAGAGCAUUAUUCCAGGCUUGAAUGAUGUCGCUAGGCCAGCACCGAUGUCCUUGGCUGAAUACCCUAUUAUUGCCAUGGUGACCGUAUAAAUGAUGGACAACUCAGUACCAGGAGUCUCCUGUUGGCUAAAUAUGAGUAAGAGAGCGAGAGAGAGAGGGUGGUCCAUCACUUUACUGUAAGCAGAAGGAAGCUGAGAUGAAUGAUGAUACCUGCCUUGUGGGAAUGACUCAGCUUUAGGCAAUACUCAUACAGCAGAGAGAGAUGAUCCCAUGUUCACACCAUCACCAAUAUCACGACUUGGCCAUCACUAAACAUUCCCCCUUUCUUUAACGUUUGUUUAUUUUAUUAUUUAGUUCGUCACGAACACUCACGAUUUUCUACAUGACUGAAUUCUAGUUCAAAUGUUCUUUUAUAGUUCUCCAACAGGAUACUAGUACUGCUUUUAUCUUCAUUCUGCUCUUUACUGGUUUACCUUGCUACAAUAAUAUUUUUUACAAAGCAUCAAAUUAGAAGAAUAUCUAUUUUUGGAAAAAUGUUUCCUUUAAAAUGGUGCACUAAUACCGAGAAGGUGAAACGUGUGCUGAUUUGUUCAAAUGUCUCUAUCUCAGAGGUGGAGAAUAGGCCAUGAGGCCGCGGAGGGGAUGUAGACGCAAAGCUCGACCACUAGGUGGCACUAAGUGUUCGCUCCAUGGGAAGUCUGGCCUGAACCAUAGCCAUUCAGAGCCCAGUUUCAUGUCGUAUUUGCAUGAUGUGUGUAGUAGAUUUCAUGCCCAGUGUUUGUUACCAGCAGGGAGUCAUUAUGUGGGUCUGGAUAUCAGACUGAGAGGAUUUAUUGUAUGACAAUAUUACUCUCAUGGUGAUGGAUAUUAUGUUGAAUUAGGCAGUGUAGUAUUGUGUAUGGCAGUGUUGACAUUUAUUCCUUCAGCAGACAGAGGCAGAACGUAAUCCAAGCAUAGAGCAGUUGAUGGUUAAAGGACUUGAUUCAGAAGCCCAAGUGUGGUUCUGUGGCAGCACUGGGCUUUGAACAUUUCCUGAUCAACUACCACUGUCCCAUAUUGAGUAGCAGGUGAAAGACAAAUUGAGAACUACCUGAAUCAAAAUUUGGUUAAAAAUAAACUGGAAUGGGAUGUAACCAUCUAUUUUCAGAUUAACAGUCGGUUGUAAAACAGACAUGGGCACUGAAAGACAAAUUAGAAAAUGUCCGUCACUGGCAAUUGGUGUUUUUCAUCAGAUCCUUUUGUCUUAUCUUUUGUAAUAUAUUUAAUUUCGCUUUAAUUAUUCCAGCAAUUUAAACCAGAGCGUUGAUCACAAUCAUUUUGUAUUGUUUGUAUCGUCAGUUGAUUGUGAAGUUAUGAAAUCAGUUUGUCCUGAACACUUUGGCAGCCUGGCUACAUGCAGAGAGAUGACUCACUGAGAACGUGAUGGAUUUAGAGAAGACGCAGAGUGUUGGCAGUGAUUGGUGGGUGACAAUAUUCAUUUUUAUAUUCGAGUUUCCAAUCACGAGGGCAUAAUCGUUGUUAUUUUCUUUUACGGCUGUAAAGUUUAUUCUUUAUAAAGUGCUUGAUUAGAUGUAAUUUCUCCUGAUGUGUCCUUGUCCUCCGUCUUGUGUGUCUAUGACUCCUAACAGUGUGUGUAAUAUGAAGUUGUGCAAAAAACACGGGAGAAACGAAACCUCUGCCUUUGUGUGCUGGAGUCUCAGUCCAAGCGUAACAGUUUAUAAGAGGCAGUUUAAUGGAAAGAAUUGAAACUUGUACGUGUGAAUAGUAAGAUUGUGACCUCGUUAUUGGUGCAGGGUUUAAACCCUGACUGAGGUGAGGUCAUCGUUACAGAAAGGGCAGGUAAAAUGUUGCACUUUGGUUCUAAUCAGUAAGGAUUUUGUCCUGGUAUGUUAAUUUGCCUGUGUACUGUGAAGUAGGCAUGUGCCGAUCAAUAUUGUUGCGAGGGCACUUUAAAUAAUUAUUAAAUAUUGUCAGGAGUAAUAUUGAAGUAGGAAGCCUUUUUAAGCAGCAUUUGCUGUACUGUGAUAAAGUUUCCUUUGUGGUUAAGAUGCAAAAGUAUUUAGACACAGAGUGACUGCAAAAGAUUUUUGGACACGGACUGACAGAAGUAGCAGUGACACCAUGUAAUUAUUAUAGAUAGUGUUGCAUUUGCAGAAUAUCUGAUUUGUGCAGAAUAAUUGUCAAUUUAAUGACGUUACUGUACUGGCUUCUGAAGUUUGGAAAAUUCAAGGAAUUUAUACAAAAUAUCUUUAGAAUAUAUACAGUGCUGCAAUAAAUCGACCUGAUUCAGGCUGCAUGCGUUGCAUAGGAGUAAUAUACAGGGGAUAUAAAAAGUCUACACACACCUGUUAAAAUUGCUGGGUUUUGGGAUGUGUAAAAAAAAAUUUUCACCAAAAUUAAUCAUGUCAGAUCUUUUCCCAUCCGUUAUGUGAUAUAGCAUCCAACAAAAUUCAAGUAAAGAACGAAUAGAAACUUUUUUUUUUCCAAGGGAAAAUUAGGCAAAAGUCAAAAACGUGUAAUAACCUGGUUACAUAAGUAUACACACCCUUUUAAAAUGUCUGUGCUCAGGAUUAACCAAUCACAUUCAUUAAUCUGAUGUUUAAAAUUCUACUUCAUACACGUCAUUAAUAACGAUUCUGAUUAACCCCAAAUAAAGAUCAGCUGUUUCUGUAGGACUUUCUUGACAUCUUGUUUCAUCCGACCGCUGAAGCCAUGGUCCACAAAGAGUUUCAAAAAGCAUGUACGAGAUCUCAUUGUAGAAAGGUAUCGAUCAGGAGAGGGGUAUAAAAGAAUUCCCAAACAUCAGAUGUACCAUGGAAUCGACAAGUAGAGAACAUGGGGUACCACAGAGACAUUACCCAGAACAGGAUGUCUCGCAGAAAUAGAUGAAAAGACUAGACAAAAACUUACCAGGGAGUCUUCCCAGAGACUUACAGCAACAUUAAAAGGGCUGCAGGAAUAUCUGGCAAGUACUGGUUACGCCCUGCGUGUGACAGCAAUGUCGCCUAUUCUUCAGAUGUCUGGGCUGUGGAAUGAUUUGAAGAGGGCUGUGCACAGGAGAUCCCCUCAGAUAGAUCUUUAAUAGAUCUGGAGAAGUUUUACAUGGAAGAGUGGAAUAAAAUUGACAAAUCAAGAUGUGCUAAGUAGGUAGAAUUUUACACAAAAACAGCGUGUGCUGUAUUACAAGCAAAGGGUGUUUUAACAAAGUAUCAGUUAAGGGGUGUGCAUACUUAUGCGACUAGGUCUGAUGUUUGUUUUGUUUCUUUUUUUCUUUUUCCAGCCCCCCCCCCCCCUUCAAAAUAUUACUAUUCGUUUUUUAAUUGAAAUCAUGAAAAGAUUUUUCUUUUUCUUGGUGUCAUUUUUUACAUCAUUUUAAGUGGGGUGUGUAGACUUUUUAUAUCCACUGUACCUGUCAGAUUUGGUCUGGCAAGGCUUCCUUGAAGGAUUGCAGCUGCCACUGUGUCACCUGUGUGGCAUCAUUAAUGAUGAGAACAGGUGAAGGUAAUAUGUAGUCCUGUUUGUAAUAUUACUAUAAUAUUGUAAGAGGUUAUGAUAAGAGGUUAAACAGUUGUCGGAAUGAAAAAAUUAAAAUCGGUACAUGCCUACUGCCAAGUGUGCUUUGUAACAGUCACAAAAAAAAUUGCGCUUUGGAGAAUAAUCCUUUUUUUUGUGACAUUUAUGGAUGACAGUAUAAUGGCAAAUAAUAAUAAUAAUAAUAAUAAUAGUAAUAAUAAUAAUGGCAUUUGGUGUAGUUGUGUGCAGUAAUGUGUUUAUUUGGCUUUAUAAGGAUGUUAAUAAGGAUUGUAAGGGUUUUUAAAGCUGCAGGUGGUGCGACUGUUGCAUGAGAAUCCUGUUCUCAUAAUUAAACACAGAGCGAAGAGAGUAUUUGGACUAAAAACUGCAGAAAACUUUGGACGUUUCUUUUGCUGUUCAAACUCAACGAUGACCUGUGACUGCGUGACUCAUUUCCCCAAACUUUUUUACUUAUUUACUAUCAAUGCUAUUUUCUAAGUGUUUGUAAUAUACCAUGUGCAAAUAAUAUUCAUGUUCACUGCUGUAGCAUAACACGUAGGUUUUUAAACUUUUUAUAUAUGGCACUUUGCUUUUACUUUUUUCCUGGCUCCCUUUGUGAACGAUACAAAGCGGAUCAUUUCCAUACGUGUGUGUCUCCCGCAUUGUGGGCCGGGAGUCCAUGCAGGCUGAAGCAUGAGCUGGAGAAAUGAAUCACUUCAGCAUUCCCUUUGGGGCUCGACAUGGAAGAACAAGGACUAUAUAUGGAUGUCAGUGGAUACAUGAGGACACGUGGCUUCUUGCUCAGGAGAGACUUGUCGUUUUCCUGUAGCUGUUAGCAGGAGCUUGCUUGUGGAGACAAAGGGGAGGACACCUCACAAGAUAGCGGCUCCAUCACUGAUCCUGUGACUGCAAGGUGUGCGUGUGUGUGUGCGCGCGCGCAAAAGCUGUCUCAGUGGAAAUAUGCAUUCAUGACGUAAUAAUGAUAUAACAGUAAUAACGAUGAUUGAUAUGAUGCUAACACCAGUGUGGAGUGUUGAAGCUGUAACGCUGUUUGAGGUUUAAUAGGUUACUUAUAUGAUGUAUUUGUAGCAGUUUUUCCCCCUCAAUAAAACCACUGACCCAUCUUACUUUCA